GCAUAGCUUUUCACGGAGUACUUCCGUUUUCCCAUCAUGCCAUUUCAGAAAGAUGGUAGCUUACAGCUUUCAUAAUAACAUCGGUGUCAGUGCUGUGAACUAGCUGAUUUUUCUCACUUGUUAGUUUACUAGUACCAAUUUAACUGGUGUUAAAUUGAGUUCCCAACAAUGCCGAAAUAUUACGAAGACAAAGAGGAGGAUAACAGAGCAUGCGCGGGCAUCAGAGAAGACUUUAAGGCAUGUCUCCUUCAGCACGACUGUGUUGUUAAGGAGGGAAAGAAACCCAGUGAGUGUCUAAAGGAAGGCCACUGCAAAGCCCUGCAGACAUCCUUCUUUGAGUGCAAGAGGUCAAUGCUGGACGCGAGGUCGAGAUUCAGAGGAAGGAAAGGAGAAUGAGGAACCAGGCGAAAUCUGAUGCAUCUUUUUAAGGUUCAAGCAGCUCCGAGUACGUGCAUUGAUGUCCAGGGAAUGUUCCAGCAUUACAAAUACCUGCUGUGGACAUGUGUCGAGAAAGUUGGUGACGCACUGAAAACAGGAUUACCGACUAAUCAAGCUAAGUGCAGGACGGGGAAAAAACCUGUACAACUCUUCUGAUCGAUGGGAGUUUUUAUUUCUUGGGAGAAAAAUGUUGGAUGAGUGUGUGUUUAAGAAAAUGCAAACACUUGUAAUAAACUAAUGAUUACAAUGGACAAGAGUUUGUUUCAAAACAUUAUAUUGAACUUCUGAUUGAUAGCAAACUUGUCUACAGUAUAAACAUUAUACAAAUGAGGUGUCCUACACAGAGGCGGUGCUAUGUCAGUCAGUUCACAGGUGUAGCUUGCAGUUUCUGCUCUAUGCAGGGUGCCGACUUAUGACCACCAUUGCGAACAGUUUAAUAUCUCACUUGUUACAGUUUCUUCAGUCACAGAAUAAGCAAAUCAAGUUCUUCAUGUCCCCCCCAUGUACCUUCACAGUUGGGUCAUUCCACAAUUAAAGUCAGUUUGACCCCUUCAGAAUUACACUAUAAUUAAAACAGAUGUGGCUCAAAACUCUGAGUCCUUGUAACUUCGUAAGUAUAAGAGUGAGCUCAAAUUCUCAAGGAUGAAAAACAAAUGUAUUAAAUCCCACUUGGUGUCAUUAAAUAAAGAUAAGUCUGAUUUUUA